UGGCGACGCGGCGGCUUCACUUGACAGGCGCUCCCUCCACUCCAGCAGUUUUUCUUUAACCUCUUUGGAACGUGCCAUUCUUGAAUUGAUCAUCAUUAUUAAGGAGGCUUGUGCUGGCUCGAGCCCGCGCCGUCUCGUGCACGCAUUCGGCGUUCGAUCGUGCCUUCGAAAAAAAGUCGCGAGACGUGCAUGGAGCUCAGCACAGAGCCAUCGAAGCCACCGGCCCGGACGCCUGUCCAUAUAUCCGCAACCGAGAUGGAAGACCUGACUGAAGACGGGGGUGUCAUGAAAAAGAUCAUGAAACCAGGGUCAGGGCCCGUUGUCACCCGACACGCUAUCGUGACGUUCCACUACAACGCCUAUGUCAAAUGUAGCUGGACCGAGCGGAUAGAUUCAACGUGGAUGCGAAACACUCCCCACCGCUGCAACCUGGAAGAAUUAGGAGUACUGGGGCUGCAGAUCGCUGUGCAGAGUAUGCGACGGGGCGAAGAAUGUCACGUCAAGAUCGCGGCGGGGUAUGGAUUCGGUGCCCAGGGGUGCCUCCCUCGCAUCCCGCCGAACGCAACACUCGUUUAUGAGAUCGCUUUGGUAGACUUCACCGAGACGGAGGACGACGGCGGCGCGGACAUCGACUCCCGACUAAUGCCUACCAACACUCUCUUUGGGAUCUGUUGUCGGAAACAACGCAACGGCAACCGUAUCUACGCGGCCGGCAACGUCCCCGCUGCAGAAAGUUGCUACGCGGCGGCCGCUAAGUUCCUGGAGUCGGCGCCGGUUCCGACCGAUGAUAAGAACAACAACAAAAGGCGCAGGCUGCUCGUUAAGCUUUAUUCAAAUCGAGCACAGUGCGCCUUGCGCAUGCACAAUCCCAAGCUGGCCGUCACGAUCUCCCGGCGUGCCCUGCUGCUGGACCCAACAAACGCCAAGGCGCUUUACCGAUACGCUGUGGGACUGCGCAUGCUUGGCGAGUACAAGGAGGCACAUCAUGUGCAGCGCCGUUUGCUCGCUCUGAAGCCGCAGUCUGCGCACGUCAAGAAAGAGCUCCUGUUGCUGGAGGGCGGCCUUGUCGAACUGGAGCGAGACUACGAAGACCCGUACGAGGCUUCGGACGAGCUGGAUUUGAAAGAGGCGUUUCAGCGAUUGUCCAUCGAACAGGCCGUGGAACCGGUCACCAGGAGCCUGAUUCGACAGGCCUUGGAAGCGCUCACUACGGCAGAGCCGGGCACCGAACUGUCUUUCGUAAAUAUCUUCAGCCGAGAAGACCUCGCUUACAUCAACAUGGUGUGUUGGGACCUAAGGCUUCCGUGCUACGACGUCCAGGGAGGCCUCAAAGCGCGCCGCCCUUUGUUGUGAGCUCGUUCCAUCCUUUGCACAGCCGGAUUUGUGUACCACAGGCACCGGCUCCACCAGCAGUACAUGGCAGCCGUGGUGCGUCUAAAUAAAACCGGCCGCCAAAAAGUGUCGUGUCCCUACUGAACGCUUAUGUCAUGGAGAAAUAGUGAAGCAUUUCAGUAUGUAACUCCAACUUAACCAGAGGGAUAACAAACCAAUUGACGAUCACGUUCGAGCAUGCACGCCACCCUGCUUGGUUAAAUUAGCAGGGGGUUAAAUUCGGUGUUUCCAAUACGAAGGGAACUUGGUGCACCAGCUAUUCGUAUUGGAAAACUAGCUAUUCUGCAUUUUCGAAUAUAGAAACCAAAUAUUUCGCAACAAUGGACUGCUAGAAGUCGGGUUAGAGAGCUCCGCCUGCUAAGCCAUCGCCACCUCUAUUUUUCUGGCUAAGCAAAGUGUCACGAAUGACUAAAAUUGACGCGAAGCGCGGAGUUUUCGAAGCAAUGCCAAAAAGAAUUGAGUAAUGCAAGUUUUGUUUUUGGUUUCGCGUUGGACGUCUAUAGACUACCGGUGAGUUUUGUUUGUUGCCGGCAAUGUACUGUUUCUUGCAGUGUAUAGCCACGUAGUUUUAUUUUCUUUCUUCCGCUAUACAACCAGUGCCGUUUUCUUUGAAACGUGUCAUUUUACGUGUCUACGGCACAGAAGUCCUUCGGCAGUUUUUCUUUUCUUUUCCCACAACUACUUAUCUUUCUUCAACCACCAUUUAUUCAGCGUUCUCGAGAAGCGUUCAUUUUGACAGGCUAUUCAUGGAGUCCUGUUACUGACGAUUAGUGAUCUUCUGAUUAAAGUUAUUUCUCAAUGACCCUGAUAGUUGGCUGUUCUUUUUUCACUAGUCUGUACAAGCGUGGUACACAACUAUACUGAAAUAAGCAUUUCUGCUCCAAAUAUAUGCGGCUGCGUUCGCCUCGAUUCGGUGUUCGAUACUUACUAUUCGUAUUAUAGGACAUCUUUAUAUUCGCUCAUGUCUAGUUAUUAUAGAAUGAAGCAAGAAUUCGCCAUUAGGUUAGGUCAGUGUAGCUCGCUCUGGCUAGAGCGACU